UCGUAAUUUUCGACCAAUCAAAUGAAAAACUGAAGCGAGAAAGAAAGAAAGCAAAGCAGGAAAAGUAGUAGGGUUGCUAGCUAUUCGCAACUCGCUAAACAACAUAUCAUAUUAUUCAGAGAUGGGAAGGAAAGGACAGAAAAGAAGAGAGAAAAACUACGCAGCCGCACAUGGAGGCCACAGCCGCCUCCCUCCGCCGCCCGUCCUCUCCCAAAUCGACGCUGUCCCUUCCAAACUCCGCAAGCUCAUGUCCCUCACUUCCUCUCUCUCCCCCAAACCCCAAGAGUCUGCUGCAAAGGAUGGUCAAGCCAAUAGAAAAUCCCGUCCAAAGGAUAGAGCUGACUUAAGAACUAGUGCGAUGGAUGAUGGAGGUAAUGAUGAGCAUUUGAAGACAUCUGAGGAUACAGAUGAUGGUGAUGAUAUUGUGCAAAACAGCACAAGUGAAAAGAAAAAGAAAAAAAGAAAGAGAAAGCAGGUUAAUGACCUUCGAUUUGAAACACCUAUGGAGAACUCAGAUACUCGUCUUAAAAGACGGGAGCGCAAGAAAAAGUACCUGGAAGAAAAGAAGAAGAAACAUAAAAAGGCCAAGACAGGGGAGGAGCUGGACUUUCCUGGGCGUGAGAAGAUAAAAUUUGGAGAAGUGGUUGAAGCUCCACCAAAGUUGACUUCAGUUCCUAAGGCAUUCAAGAAUGCCCAAAAUGCUUCGCAAGAGAGGAUUCGGUUGCAAACUAUCGAGGCAUAUAGGAGCCGCAAGGGAUGGGCUUCAAGGCCAGGGAUUCAACUUCCUUCUCCAGUGACUACACCAGCACUUUAGUAGGUUUCAAAUGAUGCAUGCCCAUGUUCCUAUAAUCCAUGUCUUUUAUGUUUGCAUGACAUUUAGGUGUGUAUUUAUUGUUGAGGACUUGAGGGCUCGUGCUCUCACAAAUUUUGUUAUGAAUGGAAAUGAAGAAAGGUGGUGGAUCAUUUUCUCU